ACGCAUUUCUACUUCCGGUCAUGCGUACUUCAUUCCGGUUGCCGGUAGGGUAGCGUGCGCUUCUUAGUAAGAAAGCAGACCAAUGUUUGUUAGCGGCGGUAUGAACGUGCUUUCGUGUUGUACCUUAGAAAAAGGCGCAUAAACAACCCCCCGAAUCGAAUCCAUGUGGAUUUUUAAAGUUGGAUUAUCGACUUUCGUACUUUUACAUAUUUUUCGGAUUAUCAGUAUUUAUCAGAUUAUCAGAAAGCAAAACGGCGAAAUGUAAACACUUGGUUCCAAUUUGGCGUCGACGAUACGUCAAAUUACAUAGGAAAAAAGUAUGUCCCUUGAUGAUCAAAGUGCUCAACAGCCAACGUGGUACAACGAUAUACAGACGGUCAAAAAAAUGAUGAUGGACACAACAACUGGGCUUCCUUCCUGCCCUUCGUGCCACAUGCCUUUCGAUAAGGGAAAGAGGAGGAGAUUGAUUGACAAUUGUGGCCAUGAACUUUGUUAUUCUUGUAUCUAUACGUCAGAACACUGCCCACUCUGCUUAAUGGAUGCUCCUGUAAAACUGGUCAGCCCUACAGCGCAAGAUGUCCACAACAAUCAUCUUACGAGUCGACCACGACUGAAAACCAAUGGGCAUUUUACGCCGUAUAUGAAAGCCAGGGUGGAUCGAACGACGAGCGAUUCACUGCAGUGUAAAUAUGACGAUAUUCCAGCACGACUUCCUUCAGCCAAUGAAGAUCCUUCACGCAACGAUUUAUAUAUGAGACUUGGUUUAUUAUUGGGGGAUACUGCUCAAACUACGAGAAAUAGCACGUCUCCUCGACCGGGUUCGGCCAAUCAGAGUAGUCAUAGUCAAGAAUCAUUUGCGUCUGUGUCAUCAUUGGCUAGCAGCGAAGCCAAUACUUCAAAUACAAGUCCGUUGUCUACGUUGACAGGUUCUUCAGAUGUUGAGCCACUGGCACCACUCAGUGGUCUUCGCUGCGCCAACAGAGAACAUAGUUCUGAUAGUGUUGCAUCUCUCAUGAGCACGAGCACUAGUACAGGUCACAGUUCAUCAGCCAGUCCUAUUGCAUCCACAUUUCAUAGAAAUCUCCCUACAAGAACUAGUGAUACAUUCCUUCAGUUUGCCAAAAGAGGUACAGCAUUCAGACGUUCUAACAGAAGUACGGGUACAAUUGGUUUGGAUGCUACAGUUCGUAAUCACAACUAUAGAUCAACGUCUCAUACGGAUUUGAAAUGCUUAUAUUUUGAAGUGCCCCAUAAUGAACAAGAACCAUUAUUUCUUGGAAGACAAUGGCUCUUCAAGGAAAUCGAACAGAAAUUAACCUCAACCGAUUCCGAAUCAAACAGAGGAGUUAUAAUAGAAGGUGGACCGGGUAGUGGUAAAUCAGCUACAAUUUUACAAUUAGUAGAUCACAGUUCUUUCGGUAGGAAGAAAACUGAUGCUGUUUAUGAAGACAUUAACUCCAUUACGUCGGCCGAUUCGUAUUCUACUGGGUGUUCUUUGUAUCAAUCUGUUAUCAGUCUUAAUCAAGAAGCAGCGAGAUCUUUGGGUAGUCGUCUUGUUGCUUAUCAUUUUUGUCAAGCAGAUAAUAAUGUCACGUGUUUAGUCCCCGAGUUUGUACACAACAUGGCUUCUCAGUUAUGUCAAGCACCUCAACUAGCCGCUUACAGGGAAUUGGUGGUACGAGAACCAAGGUACCAAGAAUUGUUGAACAUGAGGUCAUGCGUAUCAGAUUCUUCUACGGCAUUUGUUAAAGGCAUUUUAGAACCGUUACAAAGUUUACGAAUGUUUAACAAAAUACCAAAUACACCCUGCUUGAUGGUAGUAGAUGCAUUGAAUGAAGCUGAAUUUCAUCGACCCGAUUAUGGAGAUACAAUUGCUUCAUUUAUAGCAAAGCAUAUCCAUAAAUUUCCUUCUUGGUUAAAAGUAGUAAUAACCAUUCGAACAUCAUUUAUGGAAAUUGUCAAAUCAUUAAAGUUCCAUCGAAUUAGUUUAGAUAGAAUGUCUGGUAACGAAAAUCUUCAGAAAGAUAUAUCAAGUUAUAUUAUAUAUCGUAUAAAUAAUAGCUCUACUAUAAGAGCGAACAUAACUAUAAAUAAUAAUAAGUUAGAAGGCACAUCUCAUAACAGAUUUGCCAAUCAUCUUGCAUCUCUUAGUAAAGGUUGUAUAUUAUACGUUAAACUCACCUUAGAUCUCAUUGAAAAAGGUCAUUUGGUUGUAAAGAGUAGUAGUUAUAGAGUAUUACCUGUUAGUCUCAGUGAAGUUUAUCUACUAAGUUUUAAUCUUAAAUUCACUACAAUUAAAUCAUUCGAAAGGGUAUCUUCCAUUUUACAAGUGUGCCUAGCUACACUUUCACCACUCACUCUAACUGAUAUUUAUCAUAGUGUUAAUGCCAAUUGCAUCAAACAACCGGUUAGCUGGAACGAAUUCUUGCAAAGAGUCGACGUUUUGAUGUCAUCGAAAUUAUUAGUGGCCAGGCAAGAUAAAACUGUCAUGUUAGCUCAUCCUUCUCUCAGGGAAUGGUUAGUAAGAAGAGAAGAAAAUGAAAGUGCCAAAUUUUUAUGUGAUGUUAGGAUGGGACAUGCUAUGAUAGCAUUUCGCUUGAGUAGGUUCGAAACGCCGCUAGAUGCCGACAAACUUUUAGAAUUAGGACAUCAUAUCCUUAAAGCACAUAUUUAUAAAAUAGUAGGACGAGAUUUACCACCUCAUUGUACAGCUCGAGAUCUCCAAGCUCUUUGGGUGCACCAAAGUGCUGAAAAUAUUACUAUUGCUUUGGAUGCUUUUCGAAAUCUCUACAAUCCUAAUGUAAAGGUUAGCCGUCUGUUGUUGUUAGCUGGUGCUAAUCCAGACUAUCGUACCAGUUACCUUGAUAAUGCCCCUUUACUUUGCUUCGCCGCUCACGAGGGUUAUAUCGAAAUGGUGACGUCAUUGCUCGAAUUCGGUGCUGAUGUCAAUGCUUCAACUGAUGCUGGAAUGAGUUCACUUUCUUUAGCAAGCAGACGUGGCCAUUUAGAAAUCGUUAGGCAAAUGGUCACAUGGGGUGCAAAGAUAAAUCAAACGGAUAAUAAUGGACAAUGUCCAUUAGUUCACGCGUCACUAAAUGGAUAUCUUGAUAUAGUUAGUUAUUUAAUUCAGUACGACUGGCCUCCUGACAAUAAAGAUGAUCCAGGUCUAGCCAGGGCUGCUCAGCAAUCUUUAGUAGCCGCUUCUAGGCGUGGUCACGUUACAGUUUGCGAAUUCCUUUUAGACAUGGCUGAAGUAGAUGUUAAUUCAACAGACGAUCUAACUGGUCAAACUCCAUUAACAGCUGCGUGCUCAGCCGGCCACAGUAAUAUCUGCGAAGUGCUAAUCCAAAGAGGUGCUACUUUAUCAGCUCUCAAUCGACAGAGAGAACCUCCACUUGUCUGUGCUGUGGUUGAUGGUGAUUGGAAAGUUGCAAAAUUGCUUUUAACUCAUGAGGGAUCACUUGAAUUGUCAGAUGGACAAGGAAGGACUCCUUUAAUGUUUGCAGCAAUGAAAGGUCAUAUGGGGGUAUUGGAAUUGCUUCUUUCUAAAGGAGCAUCUACAAAUAGCACGGAUAAGGAUGGUCUGACAGCUUUAUGUUGGGCGUGCAAAAAAGGACAGUCUAUCCAAUUUGUUAGCCGUCUGUUGUUGUUAGCUGGUGCUAAUCCAGACUAUCGUACCAGUUACCUUGAUAAUGCCCCUUUACUUUGCUUCGCCGCUCACGAGGGUUAUAUCGAAAUGGUGACGUCAUUGCUCGAAUUCGGUGCUGAUGUCAAUGCUUCAACUGAUGCUGGAAUGAGUUCACUUUCUUUAGCAAGCAGACGUGGCCAUUUAGAAAUCGUUAGGCAAAUGGUCACAUGGGGUGCAAAGAUAAAUCAAACGGAUAAUAAUGGACAAUGUCCAUUAGUUCACGCGUCACUAAAUGGAUAUCUUGAUAUAGUUAGUUAUUUAAUUCAGUACGACUGGCCUCUUGACAAUAAAGAUGAUCCAGGUCUAGCCAGGGCUGCUCAGCAAUCUUUAGUAGCCGCUUCUAGGCGUGGUCACGUUACAGUUUGCGAAUUCCUUUUAGACAUGGCUGAAGUAGAUGUUAAUUCAACAGACGAUCUAACUGGUCAAACUCCAUUAACAGCUGCGUGCUCAGCCGGCCACAGUAAUAUCUNAUUAAAAUUUUUUUUUGAUUAUACAACUGCCAUAGAUGCUGCUGAUCAGGCGAUACAGAUAAAACCGAAAUCUUGGGAAGGAUAUUAUGUUCGUGCUAGAGCCACAAGUGAUAGCGGACGUCCCGAAGAAGCUUUACAAGACAUAGAAGAGGCAUUAGAUAUGGUCCCAACAAAUAGCGAAAUUAGGAAGAUUUUAUACCGUUUAAAAGACGAUAUUUUAACUGGUUACGAAAGCUGUAAUCUAGAAAAUGAUGUUUCUUGUAGUACAGAUUCUGCUAAAUCUAGCAGUACAAGCAGCUGUCUCAGUUCCAUGAGGACUCAAACAGGUUCUACGGAGACUAUCGAUCAAUUCUGCGCUUUGUCACUGGAUCCUCUUGUGGCAUCUAAUAUCACAAGAUUGACUGAAAAAGUCGGUGCUGAUGGACUCACUUUUGAGACAGUGAUCUAAUAACUAUUAUAUAUUAAAAAAAAUAAAAUACCUAGUCUGACGUCAUGAAGCGUGUUUAAACAAUAUUUUAUAGUUCGUAAAGCCGAAAGGACAAUGAAAAACUGUAAACAUCUGGGAUAAUUAAGUACAGGAUGUUAUAUCAGUAUAGCAAUUCUCCAGCGGCUGUCUACUGAUUGAGAUGAUCAGUAGAGAAAAUAAAAGAAAUGAAAAAAUAUCUGUGUGCAAAUAAGCAACAGGAAUUACUUCUAUGAUUCUAUAUUUCCCCCCCCCCUUCUUCGUACAAAGAAAAAAAAAUAAAAAUAAAAAAAAUAAAAGUUUUUCUCUAGGAAAGAAAAACAAAUAAAAAUUCCUAAUAUCAACAAAACUCUUCUCUGUAAAUUGGUAGAGUAC